AUGGACGACAUAUUACCGCGCCAGCCAAUUAGUGUCAUCGUCCCAGCGGAAGCACCAUCCAUAGAGAGUGAGCGACUACUUCUCCGCCCCGUCACCGAGGCCGACCUGCCCGCCCUGUUUGCCAUUCGCUCGAGACCAGAAGUGGCUCGAUCCAAUCACCCCAAAACCCCGUUCUCAUCAAUUGAACAAACCCGCGAAUGGAUCACCAGCAAGAUAUUCACCUCGGGCAACUCCGACGUGAUGGGGCGCUCCUUUAACUAUGCCAUCUUGGAUAAAUCACUGCCCGAAACGCCUCUGAUCGGCUAUGUAAGUAUCAACGAAGUAGUGCCCUGUCCUGAGAUCGGGUACUCGCUGCUUCCCGAGUCGUGGGGGAAAGGGUUUGCCACCGAAGCGCUGCAGUUGAUGUUGAAGGUUUGGUGGGGAUUGCCGAGACGGAACUGGGGCGAUGAGAGUGAGGUCGAGAGGGUUUUUGCUAUCAGUGAGAGGGGGAAUGUCGGGAGUUGUAAGGUGUUGAGGAAGUGUGGGUUUAAAAUUGAAAAGGAGGUGGAUUUGGAGGUGGAUGAGCUUUUUGUUUGGAGUUUGGAGAAACCGCGAUGA